UGGUCUAGCGGAAUGCACCUUUAGUGCCAUCGGAAAUGCCUCGCUAGCUGCUUAGUGAUUCAUUCAAACUUCGGUGUCUUCUAUUUACCGUGCUAACGACCCCUGUCUGGACCCGUAAAUAUCAUAUCAUGUCUCAAGAAGCCAUUCGACCACCAAAGAGCCGGGUGUUCCGGACAAGAUCUAAAACAGGCUGCCGCACCUGCCGUACACGACGUAUCCGAUGCGACGAGUUCCCUGUGGCUUGUAAAAACUGUACCUCCACGGGCCGGAAAUGCGAUUAUGACUUGCAUCGGCUGCCCGUGAAGCGCAAUCUGAGUCUGCUGCCACGCAGCUUGUUAGGCCGCCUACAUGCGUGGACUUUGACCUCAGACGAACGAAACUGUUUCGCAUUCUUUCAACUCCAAACCGUUCCAGGGCUGGCUGAGGUGUUUGAUUCACCGCUGUGGGAACGCUUUAUUUUGCAGCAGAGCUCUGCCGAUCCCGCGGUAUCCCACGCAGUGAUCAUGCUUGGCGCAAUCCAUCAAGGCGCAGUGAUGAACCGUAUGAGGCUGUCUGGUAGCCGCCCGCAUAAUUCCCACUUGAACUUUUCUCUUGAACAGUCAGCACGAGCAUUCGCUCUACUGAACAGACGCCACGCCUUCAAUGACCCCCAGUUCUAUCAGACUGUUCUCACAUGCUGCCUUCUGUUCGUUAUGGGAGAUAUACUGCAGGGAAACUAUGAGAAAGCGGCCAUGCACGUUUAUCAUGGAGUGAAACUUCUGAACGAGGGACUCGCACAGGGACGGGUACUCGACCAGUUCCUUGUCGACGUAUUCAAGUUCCUCCAGAUCGCUUCCGCACUGUAUGCCCCCAGCGGGUCAGCCGAACCCUUUGUGACAGCAGGGAAUCCUGAGUGGGGAACCCAAACAAGUCCUAUCAUCAUACAUAGUAUUGACUCUGUCCGCCAAGCUCUAUCGGAAACGCUCAACUACGGAAUCGCCCUGAUAGGAUAUACCAUGCGGUCCCCGGCGGCGGAGGUUCGUGCGAGGUACGAAGAUCUGUGGCUUGCCAAACAAAGAAUCACUUCCCGGUACGAGCAGCUUGUCUUAGCCUUCGAUCAGCACUGUCGAGAGCGUAUCUCCCCGUUAAGUCCCAAAGAAAACCGUGCAGCGGAGGUGUUCCGUCACGUUGUCCUGACCCAAAUAGUGGGGCUGCGGCUGGUAUUUUCCGAUGGUCUCAGCACUAACCAUUUAACUGCCGACUGUGCGACGCUGCUUUCCAGCAGUCUAGAUAUCAUGGCUAAGAUGCCUAAACGCACAACAUUCGUGAUGGAGCCUGUGGUCACUGUCGGCUUGCACAUGGUGGCCACUCAGAGCCCAGACAUUCAUAUGCGUGUACAGGCCAUUGAAGCCUUGCGUGCCUGGCCACACACGGAAGGAAUGCACAACUCGGAGAUUUGUGCCGGGAUCGCGAUGGAGGCUCUAAAGGCAGAGUUGCGGCGGAUGGCAGAGAACGGUGAAGGCUCGAUUGUUGCUGAUUUUCCUGAAGGGAGAGACCAGUUUCUGGUUGACGUCCUUGAAUCAGACCAGAAUGCUGCUAGUUGGGCCACUGUCCGUUGCUCUCAGUUCAAAAUCGAAGAUGUGUUACAUCAACCCGAUUCCGACGAUGAUUCACCGUCUAUGUAAACCUCAUAGAGGCUAGGUCUGAGAUCCUGAAGUAUUCAUGUG